AUGUGUGCAUCCGCCACUGCGGCUCUACUAUUGGGCGCACUUGCUGUUCUGCCUUGUCGAGUAUUUAAGUUGGCGCCUCAAUUGACAGAAAGGCGACGAAAAGCUGGUGAAGUUGGCUCUAACUCACCUCUUUUGAAUUAUAUAUUUGACACCUAUUCAAAUACACAUCAUCAUAGAAACGAAAGGCCUGGUAAUGGAAAUAGUAUUUAUGCCGCGGCUGCACCAGAGAUUGAGGCACUAGUUGGUUCCACUGCUCAUCUCGACUGCAAAGUAGACGCACUACAUGAUAAACUGGUGUCAUGGGUACGUCGGAAAAAUGACGAAGAGCCCAUGGAGCUGCUUACAACAGGAACUCAGCUGUAUACAGCCGAUAAAAGAUAUUCUGCUCGCUUCAUUCCACCCGAUAUUUGGCGGCUUGAGGUGAAAGAAGUGAGGCCUACGGACGCUGCUUAUUACGACUGUCAAUUAUCUGCUCAUCCCCCACGAACUGCUCGAGUGACUUUGUUGGUUCCAGAAGUAUCUGUGCGAAUUGUGGAUGGGGCCGGUGCUUCGGUGUCAGAACAAGUCUGCGAGAUUGGCAGCACAGUCGCCCUCCGCUGCGAGGUACGGGGCCUCAAGAUGGAAGGUGGUCCUUCAUUGCUGUGGCAUCGCAGGGAUUCCCUACUCAACGACGACACCACCAGAGGUGCGUUCGCACCGAAUUCGGGGCAAACGGUGCCAACUCAGUGUUACGCGUCGCUCGAGUGCGCGCCGAUGACGCUGGCAGCUAUUCGUGCAGCGUCGCCCGAGCCCCACCACCGGCGCCGCUCCCGGCGAAAGUUAUUCUACACGUCA